AUGACGGUAGGUAUAUGUUACUUGGGCACUAGUGGAGAUGAUAUAGAAGCAGGAUUAAGACGGGUUCUAUUAUUGGCGUGUGCGGUAGCCGCCACUCAGGCGGGUAUCGUGUCACCAGUUGGCGUGUACGGUUCCCCCUACAGUUAUGGGGGUUGGAAUCCAUACAGUACUUAUCCGGCACAACCAGCGCUCGCUACACAGUCGUCAAAUAUAAUAAGGUCACCGUUUAAUCUUGGCCAGGUUUCAACUUAUUCAAAAGCAAUCGACACGCCGUUUUCGAGUGUUCGCAAAUCGGAUAUCCGUGUGAGCAAUCCUGGCAUAGCGGUAUCUCCUGCCUUCGGUGGAAUAGCAGCUCCAUUGGUAUCGCAUGUGGGAGUGACAGCACCGGUUGCAAAGGUUGCAACUGCUGGUGGCCUACUUGGUGUGGCUUAUUCUGCAGCGCCUGCGGUUUCGCAUAUGACAUAUUCAAAUGGCCUUGGCCUUGCUUACGCAUGGUAAAGAAGUAAAAAAGAUACGAUUUCUACGAGCUAAGUGUAAACCUAUGUUAUUAUUUGAG